AUUAACAAAACAACAGCAACAACCCUAGGUGGAGCUUCAGCUCGCGUUUUAUUCCCGCCACUCUCUCUUUUUGAGCUCCGUCGCUCUCGGCAGAAACUCAGCUAUUCACUGACUCAUCUGUUCAGUUGCCAUGGUCUCCUCCUUGAAACCAAACACUCAGCUCUCUCGCUGCUUUCCCACUUCGCCCAGACCCUCCUUCUCCAACGCCAACCCCGCCCAAACCCAACUCUGCAGACUCUCACCUGGGUCUCACUCCGCUGCCUUCUCCCCCCUGUCCAUGUCUUCCUCCGCCGAAACUUCCCGGAAAAGCCACUUGCUUUCGGCUUCAAAAAACGAGUCCGGAGAAAGUGGUAGCGGGAAUGUCGGUCUGACGUAUAAGGGCGCCGGUGUGGAUAUUGACGCCGGUUCGGAACUUGUUCGGCGAAUUAAAAAAAUGGCUCCUGGGAUUGGAGGUUUUGGGGGUCUUUUUCCUUUCGAUGAUAAAUACCUUGUUGCCGGCACAGAUGGCGUCGGGACGAAGCUUAAGCUUGCUUUCGAUACUGGAAUUCACGACACCAUUGGUAUUGAUUUGGUUGCCAUGAGUGUCAAUGAUAUUGUUACUUCUGGUGCUAAGCCGUUAUUUUUCCUUGAUUACUAUGCUACAAGCCGGCUCGAUGUUGAUCUUGCUGAAAAGGUUGUAAAAGGUAUUGUCGAUGGUUGCAAACAAUCUGACUGUGUUCUUUUAGGUGGAGAGACUGCAGAGAUGCCAGAUUUUUACGCAGAUGGUGAGUAUGACCUCAGUGGUUUUGCUGUUGGAAGUGUGAAAAAAGAUGCAGUGGUUGAUGGGAAAAACAUUGUGGCUGGAGAUGUGCUCAUUGGCUUACCCUCCAGUGGGGUUCAUUCUAAUGGUUUCUCUCUCGUGAGAAGGGUUCUGGCUCACAGUGGUCUUUCUCUGAAGGAUCAGCUGCCUGGGGAAGAUAUUACGUUAGGUGAAGCUUUAAUGGCCCCAACUGUGAUAUACGUUAAGCAGGUUCUUGACAUAAUCAGUAAGGGGGGCGUAAAGGGGAUAGCCCACAUCACAGGGGGUGGUUUCACGGACAAUAUACCUCGAGUAUUUCCGAAAGGCCUAGGCGCUGUCAUCUAUAAUGGUUCUUGGGAAGUCCCAGCUGUUUUCAAAUGGAUCCAAGAGGCCGGAAGAAUAGAAGAGGCUGAAAUGUUGCGAACGUUUAACAUGGGUGUUGGGAUGGUUCUUGUUGUGAGUCGAGAGGCAGCCCAUAGAAUACUUGAGGAUGCAAAUGGAGCUAAUAAAGCUUACCGCAUUGGUGAGGUUGUACGUGGUGAAGGAGUUAGUUAUAGUUGAAAUGAGAUACGAGUUAAUGUAUGCUCUUUUGAGCCUAUUUGACGAAGUGAGAUGCAAGGUAAUGUAAGUGCGGCAUGGAUUUUGCAGUUUAUGUAUCUUGAAUCUUGACGUUCACAAGUUAAAUGGGAUUUGUCAGAGUUGUCAUGAAA